AUGGCGGAGGCCGCGGAGCCGGUGGGGGACACCCCCGGUGUCCAGGGGCCACCGGAGGGCCCGGAGCUCCAGAGCCCCGACGAGGUGGGGGCGGCGGGCAGGGAGGCGGAGCGCGAGGAGGGGAGCUCAGGCGCCGCGGAGGCGCCCGGGGCCGAGGGGGCGGGCGCAGCUGCCGCAGCGGCGGGGACUGAGGGAGGAGACCCGGGGCCCGACGGCGGGCGCGCGGGCGAGCAGGCGCCGGACACCCGCACUGACACAGGGGCAGAGACUCCAGGCGCCACCGGAGCGCAGCGCGAGGCGGGAGCCGAGCAGGGCGCCCCCCGGGACGCCGAGGCCCCCCAGCCAGGGGAGGGGGGCAAAGGCACAGAGCAGAUGGAGGAGGCGGGCCCCGCGGGCCAGACACCUGGGAAAGCUCAGGGGGAACCCCGAGAUCCCGCGGCCCCCGGGACGGAGCAGGAGGCAGAGCGCGGGCCCGAGGAAGGCGGAGGAGGCGAGCCCGGGGUGCCAGGGGACAGCGUGGACGCCGAGGGGCCACUGGGGGACAGCCUGGGCGCCGAGGGGUCGGCAGGAGGCGCGCCCCGGGCCGUUGGGGAAUCGGGGGACCAAGAGGGCCGCAGCCCUUCGCCCCAGACCGAGAUGGUAGCUGUGGGGAGCGAGGGCGGCAGCCCCGGGGAGCUGUCGGGUGAGGCUCCGGGUGGGGCAGCGGGAGCCGCCGAGGAGAUGGAGGCGAGGGCAGCAGAGAAGGAGGAGGAAGCGGAGCCUGGGGAGCCCAGGGCAGACGCGGGUACAAGUGGGGACCAGGGCGAGCGGCACGCAGAGGUGCUGCAGGCAGAGCAGGGCGGGCAAGAGCGGGACCCCCAGGGGCCAGGCGAGGACGCGGCAGCGGGGGGCGACGAGGAGCCCCUCAACGCCAGUCCUGCUGCGCCUGGUGGCGGCGCGGAGCCCGAGGCGGAGCUCAGCAACCACCUGGCGGAGGACAGCGCCCAGGGGGGCGAGGAGACGGCGCCCGUGAACGGCCGGGAGGACGAGGAGGCGGCGCAGGAGCCGGGGCCGGGGCAGAAGCACGACAUCACCCUCUUCGUGAAGGCUGGCUAUGAUGGCGAGAGCAUUGGAAAUUGCCCAUUUUCUCAGCGUCUCUUCAUGAUUCUCUGGCUAAAAGGUGUUAUAUUUAAUGUGACAACAGUGGACCUGAAAAGGAAGCCCGCAGACCUGCAGAACCUGGCUCCUGGAACAAAUCCUCCUUUUAUGACCUUUGAUGGUGAAGUUAAGACGGAUGUGAACAAGAUCGAGGAGUUCUUAGAGGAGAAAUUAGCUCCCCCAAGGUAUCCAAAGCUGGGGACUCAGCACCCUGAAUCUAACUCUGCAGGAAAUGAUGUAUUUGCCAAAUUUUCAGCAUUUAUAAAAAACACCAAGAAGGAUGCCAACGAGAUUUAUGAAAAGAAUCUGCUGAAGGCUCUGAAGAAGCUGGAUCAUUACUUAAAUAGCCCCUUGCCGGAUGAAAUAGAUGCCGAUGGCACCGAGGACGUCGCUGCUUCUGGAAGGAAGUUCCUGGACGGGGAUGAGCUCACGCUGGCCGACUGCAACCUCUUACCCAAGCUCCACAUUAUUAAGAUUGUGGCCAAGAGAUACAGAGAUUUUGAAUUCCCUUCUGAAAUGACUGGCGUCUGGAGAUACUUGAACAAUGCUUAUGCUAGGGAUGAGUUCACAAAUACAUGUCCAGCUGACCAGGAGAUUGAGCGUGCAUAUUCUGAUGUUGCAAAAAGAAUGAAAUGAAGGAUGGUGGUUUUCUGCCUUAUUUCACAUUUGGAUGGGCUAGGCUAUGGCAGGAGUCUGUUCUUUGACCCCACCUCCCUGCCCCCCUCCCCCCCAAAAAAACCUAUCUUUAGCAAACUAAUGCCCAUAUGGUAGUGUGAGCCACACAUCACCGUGUAAUUUGUGGGUCAGAAUAUUUCCAGUCUCUAUGGUUACACACACCAGUUGUCCAGUUUAUGUUAAUUUAUAUCUUUAACAUUCACUGCUUGUAAUCUAUGCUCGGGGGGCAGGCAUUUCACAGUGUAAGUUUCCAAGGAAAUUAGGUUUGAGUUCAAUUUCUCCUUCAAUUAAAAAAUAAGAUUGCCUCUGAUAGUUUUCAUAAUCAUAGAUAGCCUGUCUUUCUCCUCUAAAAAUUACUAGUAAAGUUUUUUUUUUCAAAAUGAGAAUGCUGUCUUUGUCAUUGCAAAAUGAUACAGAUCUUAUUUAAUAUUUAAAAACAAUGUCAGCUGGUUUAAAAGAAGGGUGUCACUAGUGUGGUGCAAGGUACCUCCCGACACUUAGUUAACUCCUGACGACUACGGUGGCACGUCAGACUCUUGAGUCUCUCUUUCCCACACAUAUUCACAACACACACGAUUUCAUUCACAUUGGAAUUGUGUUAUUCUGAAGGGCGGGAAAGUGAGGGACCCCCUGGUCUGGCCUUGAUGGUCACCCAUGCAGGACCUCAGAGGGUCAGCCCGGCCCAGCUGGAUAGGAGGCUCAGCCCUGGUUUCACAGGGAUGGAGAACCCCUGAUGGGCAGGGGCCAGCUGGAACGGGAAGCAGAGUGGACCCUGUUCUUGUUACCCCUGCUCCACCAUGGUGCAAGGUGCCCGUGUGGCUUUCCUUCCAGCUUCCUUUCCUGCCUUCCCCACCUCCCUCCCCACUUAGAGACACUGCGUCUCCCUCCAGUUGCGAGUGGUGGAGAAUCGUCUUGCAUUUCAUCUUCCUGCGGUCCUUUGACGUCACACACGUCCCCCCGGAACCUCUUGUUGAGUUGGAUGUGGCAUGUGGUUGUCAUGACGAUGUUCACUGGAAAAUCUUUGCAUCUGUUUUAUGGCGAGUCAGUUGGGAAGAGAGCCAACCACUGACAGGCACCGCCUAGGGACUCAGUUCAACGUGCCCAGUGACAGCGGCCCUAACGCCGUCCCUCUUUGUGUCCCUGGGACCAGUGCCUCGGUCUUGCCUCCGCCCACGUUGCCCUGUGCACUGGACACCGUGGGGCUGGCCGGCACGGUCUCCCUUGUUAGCGUUUCGGUCUGCCUCAGAGUCAGACUUCAAGACUAGGUUUAUGAUGUCACACUUCAACUUGGCACGUGAAUUGCCUACCAGAUGUUACUAGUGUUCACUCUGUACUUUUAGAUGUUAAAAUG